UCGCUUGGUGUCAGAGUGACUGCAUCAGAGCUCCGGGUGGCUGCUCAGAGGAGGAGGUUAAUAUGGCUACCAAUGGGCCCCCUCGUUUCCCAGGGGUAUCUCUCAUGGGCUCCCCUGUGGGAGGGCCCCUACCACCACCUGUUCAGUAUGGACCGCCACCUCGGCCACUUCCAGGACCACUUCCUUGGCCACUUCAGCUCGGUGGGCCUUUUGGACCUCCACCAUUUGGUCCUGGUGUGCAUCCACCACUAUGCUUAAGAGAAUAUGCACCAGGCAUUCCACCUGGAAAACGGGAUCUGCCUCUUGACCUUCGGGAAUUUUUACCUGGACCCACACCUCUUAGAACUUUAGGAUCAUUUGGUCCGAGAGAGUACUUCAUUCCUGGUACCUGAUUACCACCCCCAACCCAUGAUCCCCAAGACUACUCACCGUCACCUGCUGCAAGAGACUUGACACCUUCAGGCUCUAGAGAUGAGCCUUCAUCUGCCUCUCAGAGCAGUAGCCAGGACUGUUCGCAGGCUUUAAAACAGCCUGUAACCAUGACCUCUGACACUUAGACAGAAUGUGGACUGUGCACUCUUCAUUGUGUAAAGGGAUUAUUGGCUUUAAAAUCCAAAAGUCUUAAGGGUUUAUUUUUAUAACUAAGGUGCCUUGGCAGUGUGUGCAUUUUUGGUCCAAAAAGUUCUAAACUAUCAUUCCCCUUUUAAAUAAUGAUCACCUUUAAGCUAAUGUAGCCUUCCAGCUUUGAAGUGCGCAAUAAGGAAUACCUGUGUUUUCGUUAAUGCAGCAUAUAUAAUUGCUAAAAGAUUUAGAAUGUCAUAAAAUAUGAAUAUUUCCUGUGGAAAUGCUUUAAGAACAUGUAUUUCCAUUAUCCUAUUUUGAGUGCAGUCCAGUUGAUAGAAAGCAAUGGUGUUCACAAGCUUCAUGUUUCUGUUGUAAUAUCUGGUCACACUUGUUAUGCUAAAAAUGUUCACUCAACUCAUUUCCUAAACUUAUUUCCCUUCUUGCUGAAGUUCUUUGUAGUGAUAGUAAAUACAAAAUUGUUUAUUAAUAUU